UUAUUUGAAAUAAAAGUCCAGAAUGUAUUCUGCUACAAAGUUCUGGUUUACAUUUGUAUCUCUGUUUGAUGUACUCACAGUCUCAUACUUGCAAAUCUUAGCUUCAUUUUAAAACAGGUAAAUUCACUGAUAAGUGCAAGCACCUUCAUCAUAUACAAUGAACCCAUUAGCAGUGCAAUUUGUUUUUCCAGUGUUCAGACAAUAGUGUCACUCUGGGUUUUGUGAAGCAUUAGUUUGUUUUUUCCCUCCAGUGAGUGUGAACUGAAACACUGAGGCUUGACAACAACAUCAGCGUCACUGCUUCUUUGAAAGCUAUUUUUAAAUGCUAAAUAUUGUUUCAGCAGCAGAAAUGAGCCACACAGGAAGAGACUGUUGUUCACAAUCAGCAAGACAUUAUGGAGGUCAGAGCCCUCUGCAUCAAACUCAGUGCAGUUUUUCUUCAUGUUGUUCCAAACAGAUCACAGUUCUUUGAAUAUGAGCCAGUAACUUUUUACUGUGAGGGCGUCUCUCAUUAUAAUGUUGUACAUAAGUUGAGAGGGAAAAUAAAAUCAUGCAGCUACACUAAUGAGAAAACAGCAACAGGAUCGUCCUGCUCUAUAAAAAAUAUUUAUACAGAAGACAGUGGAGAGUUCAUAUGUGAGACUGGAGGAGGGGAGAAAAGCAACAUUAUCAACAUCAGUGUUACUGGUAAGUUUCCAUUUAGUAAGCAAUAUGCUGUCAUAAUCAAACACAUCAUUGAAUCGAUUUAUACAAGUUGGUUCUCAGCUGGUUCUGUGAUCCUGGAGAGUCCUGCUGUUCCUGUGAUGGAGGGAGAAGAUGUGACUAUGAGCUGCAGAAACAAGACAACUUUCUCGAGCUUCACAGCUGAGUUCUACAAAGAUGGACUCCCCAUAAGGAACAGCUCCACAGGAUACAUGACCAUCGGCAGAGUUUCAAAGUCUGAUGAAGGACUUUACAAAUGCAGCAUUUCAGGAGCUGGAGAGUCACCAGAGAGCUGGCUGACUGUCACAGCCAAUCACACAGAAAGUGAGACAGACCCCUCCUCACAGCCUGGAUGUCAUAUUUACCUCAUCUUACGGACCGUGUUCACCAUCAUGAUGUUGGUUCUGCUGCUGCUGCUGGUGGGACUUCUUCACUGUGGGAAAAUCAGCAACUAAUUGUUAACCCAGAUGUAAAUGUAACUGUCAUGAUACUGGAAACUGUGCAGGAUAUGUGUAGCACAAAUAGACAAUAGAAGGUUUUAAGAAAUAGACAUUCUGGAAAAAAUGCCUGUAAAAUCCCACCAUAACUCUGAUAAACAUCUCUGAAGUACCCACAACACUGCUUUUCUGUAUAAAAGACUGUGGUGUAUUUGAAGAAAAAAAAAUAUUGUAAAUAUCUGCAAACAUCUGCAAAUUCCACCACUUUGUAUUGCAUUUGUGGUUGUAGGUGACCUGCAACUUAAUUGUACUGAAAUAUUUCCUUCAAACAUCAAGUGUAUUUUUUUAUUAUAAUUUAUUUCUUACAAAUUUCCUGUUGUGGUGAGCAGGAUAUGUGUUGUAAAUAUUAAUAUUCAAUAGUCAUAGACUGCAAAGCUAUUCAUCUCUAAAAUUUAGUUGUGUUAUUUGUAUCCUGUAAAAAAAAAAAAAAAAAACACUAUCUGUAGGACAGUAAAAGUUUGAAAACAAGUAAAUAUGUGUAAAA